CCCAUAUCUUUAUUAUUAUUAUUUUGCUGUAUGUAGCAUUACCACUCUCAGUCUAUACAUAAAAGAUGCUAAGUUACCAGAGUUUUUACAGAUAGUAAGUGGUGGAGCAAGAACUGGAGGAUGAAUCAUUUCAACCCUAGUCUAGAACUCUUGCUCCCAUGUCACAUGCUAACUCGCUUCUCAGAGUAAUCAAAUAAACUGACUAUCAUAAAAGUCAGAACUUGGGAGGAAAUGUGAACAUAUGAAAGUGUAUUUUCAUAUAUUAUCAACUUUUUGAACUCUUAUUGAGGCCAUUGAGUAAAAAUAAUUUUCUGUCACUGUAAAUGCAGAGGGAAUGUAACAAGUAUUUGCCCUGAAUCCAUUAUUCAGAAAUAAAUGAAAUAGCAUAAAGUCAUGCAAGUGCACUGUUGGUGACUUUCCUUUCCCUAAAGUUGGGGUGGUUGAAGUGAAUUUCCUUGCUCUUUCUCCAGGUGCUUGUACUGUUCGCAUGCUGAGCUGCACAGCUUUCAAAGGGCUUGCCCUGGGAUAUGGCUGGGCUAGAUUUAGAAGGAACUGGUCAUUGAAUAGCUCUGGUAAUUCUUGCAUCUCACAGUUAUGCGGUUGACAGCUCCUUUCAGUAGGGAAAGCUUGGGUAUAUUUCAAGGUGAUUGUAGUUUUGUCCCUCUGGCAGCAAGCUGCUGCAACCAGCUUAGCCCAUUAUCCUCCUCUCCCACUGGAUUUAAGCCUGGGGAGAAAUCUGGGGCUUUUGUCAAGAUAGAAGGUAAGAGAUGGAUAAUUAUUCCCUGUGUGUGCUCAAAAAGAACAGCACUAUAUCAUAGAGUAGCUUUCAAUUACUGAAAUGGGAUUGUCUGAAGUUCCAGUGGCUUAUAAAUUACUCUUUGUAAAAACCAAUAUUUAACAUUAUUAUGUUAGUGAUGUGCUUUUAAUAUCUCUUUCAUGUAAUAUCAUGUAAUAAACUUUAAGGUUUAUUACAUGAAACUUUGCAAACAGUGUUUAACACUCAGAGAAUAAAAUGCAUUUCCAUUUUUGUGGUUUUAUUAGAAGAUUUAAAAACAAAUGGCUGCUCUGAAAAAAUUGAUUAAAAACUUCACUGUACAAUUGACUACAUUAUAAUUUUUCUCAAUUUGAGUUUCUUAAAUCUCAGGGGCUAGUACUGUAAAAUCAAUGCAAAGUAAUUACAAAAUUUAAAAUUCCAGAUGUUAUGAUUACAUACAUCUUGUCCUUUAAUAUCCAUUCUGUCAAAUACCUUUUAUAAACACUGCUACUUAACAAAACACAUUUGGAAAAUAAAAUUUCCACUAAUUCUGAUUAAUUAAUUAGGUAAAUCAGUCUUAGCAUAUUUAGAGGGCAGUAUUUUCAGUUUGUGAUCCCCCAGGAGCUCAACAUUACUUUCACUCUCCUUUUAAAGGCAGAAAUUGUAGUCAGAAAUGUGCAUUUCAAUUUGUAGCUGACAGUUUAGGGUUAAGAUAUGAUUCCAGGUAACAGAAGCCAAUGAGAGUACACCCAGUUGAUGUUUGUGACAUCAUCUUCCAGUCGGAGUACAUAGAACAGCUGAGGUAGCGUUCAGUUUCAGCACAGUGCCAUUAUGAUGGAUGUUUACAUCUCUUCAUUGAGAGCCAAUUAUCUCGCUUUUGUGUGAGGCCCAAGGAUCACUCAUGCUUCCAGACUGCACAGAGCACUGUUGGAUCUAGCUGAACGAAUUGUUUUCUCUGUCUCUGGGUAUCAACGGUUUCUGUACAGCACAGAUUAUGACAGCGUCUUUCUUAAGCAGAUGGAAUCUUGGAACGUCUCAUGCUUGGGAAGGACAUGGUCAGAUUUGUUGUAAGAAAGACUGUGCAGAGGAGUGUGGCAAAGGGAUCCAGAAGAUGCAAGUUUUAUUCAUUGUGUUUCUGACAGAUGGAACAAGUUAAGGUUACCUUCUCAAUAUGAGGACUAAAGCUUUUAGCCAAUAUUUGUGGAGAAGACACAUUUAAGAUUUUCUUUUGCCCAUACAUGCAAUGUUAUGGAGGCUGUGACCACAUUUUAGGCAAGAAACUGAAAGAACAUCAAGCACCUAUCUGGAUGUCUCCAAAGCCUCAUCUGGAUAAAAUAUCCAAUCUAUUUUUCAAUCAGCCUUUUUUUUUUUCCUUUUUCAACCUCAGACAAUUGCUUUUGGGGUCCUAGAGUCCCUUGAAAGUUAUGAUGGAAAUAGGAGGCCUAAAGUUCAGGUGACUGAAGGGCUGAAGCAGGAAGGAAAAACGUCUGGGAGGACAGGUAGACAGAGGAAAGAGGUCUGAAGAGGCACAUAUCAAAAGAUUCAAGAAAGCUGAAGGGAAGAUUGAAGGUAGUAAAAGGAUGAAGGAGGAGCAGAAACAAUGGGAAGGAAGAGAUCUCAGAGAACUCACUUCGGGAAAAUCUUCAGUUUCCCAAAGAGAUCCUGAAGUCUCAAAUUAUCCUGAACAAAACCAUGACCACAAGAAAGGAAGUGGAGUAUACGAUCAGUGAGAGUUUAAGAAGGGGGUUUCCGUUGACUAAAAAGUUACCGUGGGAGAAAUAGGAUCAAAUAGAACAGAGUUGCCUCACAAAGAACCAAGGAAAAUAUUUCAGCUCAGGGAUUCAAGAAGUAAAUUCCCACUCAAAGACAGAAACAGGAAGUAAGAUUUACAAUUCAGCCAGUACCUUCCUAACAAAGAAGCAUGUGACUAUACCAACUUCUUACAAAAAGAAACAGGACUAACUCAGCCUCUGUAUAGUGUACUCAGACUCUCUCAGCCCUCACUGUGCUUCAACAGACUUAUCAUUUGGAGCACUGGCUCAGGAGUCGAAAUCACCAAUGGCUCAUCCAUCAAUCAACCAGAAGUGAAGACGAAAGCUUCAAAGAAGAGAAUGUUUAAAUUUCAUCAAAUGAAACAUAUUUUUGAAAUACUUGAUAAAAUGAGAUGCCUGAGAAAACGUUCUACAGUGUCAUUCUUGGGAGUUCUUGUCAUUUUUCUCCUUUUUAUGAACUUGUACAUUGAAGAUAGCUAUGUUCUGGAAGGAGACAAACAACUUAUAAGGGAAACAUCCACACAUCAACUGAAUUCAGAACGCUAUGUUCAUACUUUCAAGGAUUUAUCUAAUUUCUCAGGAGCCAUAAAUGUCACCUAUCGCUACCUAGCUGCCACACCUUUACAAAGAAAGCGGUAUCUUACAAUUGGACUUUCUUCAGUAAAGCGAAAAAAAGGAAACUAUUUACUUGAGACAAUUAAGUCAAUUUUUGAGCAAUCCAGCUAUGAAGAGCUGAAGGAAAUUUCAGUGGUGGUUCACCUAGCAGACUUUAAUUCUUCCUGGCGUGAUGCCAUGGUCCAGGAUAUUACACAGAAAUUUGCGCACCAUAUUAUUGCAGGAAGAUUAAUGGUUAUACAUGCUCCAGAGGAGUAUUACCCAAUCCUAGAUGGCCUUAAAAGAAAUUACAAUGAUCCAGAAGAUAGAGUCAAAUUUCGUUCCAAGCAAAAUGUAGAUUAUGCUUUUCUGCUUAAUUUUUGUGCCAAUACUUCAGACUAUUAUGUAAUGCUUGAAGAUGAUGUUCGAUGUUCAAAAAAUUUCUUAACUGCCAUCAAGAAAGUCAUUGCAUCCCUAGAAGGAACUUACUGGGUAACUCUUGAAUUCUCUAAGCUUGGCUACAUUGGUAAACUCUAUCAUUCUCAUGAUCUCCCACGUUUAGCCCAUUUUUUAUUAAUGUUUUAUCAAGAAAUGCCUUGUGAUUGGCUAUUGACUCAUUUCCGUGGUCUCUUGGCUCAGAAAAAUGUGAUCCGUUUUAAACCAUCUCUCUUUCAGCACAUGGGCUAUUAUUCAUCAUACAAAGGGACGGAGAAUAAGCUGAAGGAUGAUGAUUUUGAAGAGGAGUCAUUUGACAUUCCUGAUAACCCCCCUGCAAGUCUGUACACCAACAUGAAUGUGUUUGAAAAUUAUGAAGCAAGCAAGGCUUACAGUAGUGUUGACGAGUACUUUUGGGGGAAACCACCUUCAACAGGAGAUGUUUUUGUGAUUGUAUUUGAAAAUCCAAUUAUAAUAAAAAAAAUUAAAGUAAAUACUGGAACAGAAGAUCGGCAAAAUGAUAUUUUGCAUCAUGGAGCCCUAGAUGUUGGGGAAAACGUUAUGCCUAGCAAACAAAGGAGACAAUGUUCUACUUACUUAAGACUAGGAGAAUUCAAAAAUGGAAACUUUGAAAUGUCAGGUGUAAAUCAAAAAAUUCCAUUUGAUAUACAUUGUAUGAGGAUAUAUGUCACCAAAACACAAAAGGAAUGGCUAAUUAUUAGGAGUAUUAGCAUUUGGACUUCUUAGCCAAUUAAAUCAGUAUGUUCAGUUUCUGAAGCAGGUCUUCCUGCUUCCUCUUUUGCUACCUUUGUCUUUUGGAGGGAAAGCAAUGGAUGGGAUAUGUUAAAAGAAACAUUAAUUACAUUGGCAGUUUUCAUUUAUACAUUGUUGACAUAAUUUUACUCUUAAUACACACUUGUAUUUAUUUUAACGUCUGAAGUUGAAUAUCAGUCUAUAGCUAAUGCUACUUUCAUUUAUAUUUUUAAAUGUUCGUAGUUUUAAAAUUUCAACUGAUUGUCAAAAGGGUAAUAUGAAAGAUUUUAAAUGAAAAAAAUUAGUUUGUUGGAUGAUGAUUUUUGAAAAAUAGUCACCAACUGUAUAUACUUCCUCAAGAAUUGAUAAUUCAUUAUAUCAUCAGAUAGCUUUUAUUAAGCAGCUGUGGGAAUAUACAGUUGGGUGGAAUGAUAAUCUGGUUUAUUUUUUCUGUAAACUUAAGUUUCCAUUGACUUCUGUACAUCUACAAUGAAUACCUCCUCAUAGAAGUGGUGUCUUUACAUAAUUUUUUGUGUAGGUGACACUAUGGAAAAAGAAAAAAAAGACUUAAAAAUAUCUCUCCCCUGAUUAUUUAUAUGAAAGGGGACAUUGUUCAUUGUUUAAAAACAUUUAAUUGAGCACCUGUUGUUGAUAAAUUUUCUGGGGGAAGCAGUCUUUUUCAAGUUUCCCUUUUGAAAAAAAAAAGAAUAGUUAAGCUCAAUAUUUUCAGGUUACAUUGAGUACCCACAUUUAAUAGAAUAAAUUAGGGAAGGCCUAUAGUAGUUAGCUCAUUCGUACAGACAUUUUCAGUAUAUGCAGAAAAUUUUUGGAAAUUGAUUUUAUACAUUUUGUAUUAAAAUCCAUGUGAUUGAAAUUAUUGUGAUUUAUCAUAUACUUUUUUGGAAUUUAAAUGGGUAUAUUAUAAAGGAGAAAAGUAAGAACCAUAGAAAUUAGUUGACUUUUCUAGAAUCAAAGAUCUAUUUCCUAGCAAGGCCAGAAUGAGAGAUCUGAUAUUCUGAUAACCAGACAAUGCUCUUUUUCUCAUAUGAUUUCUCCUGACAGAUUUAUGCUUUCUGUGUUCUAUUUGCUACAUGACUGUCAGAUAAUAAGUUAUACCAUCUGGAAAUAGGUGGUACAAUUCUUGCAUAAAUAAUAUUAUCCUAAAUAAUGUCCUAAAUGAUGCUUUUUUGGUAUAAGCACCCAAAUAGUAAGCAAACUUGACUGAACUUUUCCUAAUAGGGAUUGGAGAGGGUGUCUUUACAAUGUGUCCGUUAAAGUAAUUCAGGACACCUUAGUGUGUCCCAAAGACAUUGGUUUUCAGAAUGUCCUGAGCUUGUCUCUUCCUUUUUGUUUUUUAAUGAACAGCAAAAACUAAGGGAUUUAUUAUAAAGGGAAAUGGAAGGUGCUUCAUAUAUGUUUAAGAAACUCAAGUAUGUGUUCAUAUAGAUGACUGUGUGUGUGCGUGUGUGUGUGUGUGUGUGUGUGUGUGAAGGCUAGACUUUUGCUAGUAAGACAGAAUGAGGAAAUCUUCCUGCUCUUCCUUUUCAUACUGAAACACAAUCCUUAAGAUUUACUGGUAUGCUGUGGUCCAAACAACACUAGGAUAUUUUUAUUUUAUUCGUUCUCUGCAAAUAAAUGAGAAACUCAGAUAAAAAAUGGAAACUUUUUAUUUCAUUUAUAAACAGCUGUUGUGUAUUUUCUUUGUAUUCAGCUACUAAAGUGUUAGAAGAAAAACGAACCUUUCAUAAGAGGCUAAAUAUUAAUAUUUUGUGAGGCACCUAAAUCUUACAGUCAUAGGAAAAUAUGAACACUGCCACUAAAUUAUUAUCUUUACCUUGAUUUAGAGGAUACUUGCCAGACACCUAAAAAUGUUCUAUUUUCUUUAUUUUUCUUUUAUUAACCGGCUAGUUGAUAGUAUUGUGUGUAUAUCUCAGAAGUUACGAAUGGCAUUAUUUUCUUCACUGUCAAUGAUAAAAGGUACACAAUUGUAUGCCAAAGACAUGUAAUAUCAAGAGCUAGACAGACUCCCUGAAAUGAGUUGUAACCCCUUAUGUAUUCUUCUGGGAAUGGGUUUCUAAAGAUCAGCUAUUGGUGUCUAUCAAUGUCUUAAAAAUGUUUCAAGAAACAUUGCUGAGGGUAGCAGUGAAGUUGGAUGUUUGCUAGGAAAUUAUGAAAACAAAUGUGACUCAGAGAGGUCAUUUCACAUUUUAUCUUUAUAUCCUCUCUUUACUAAACCUGUUUGGAUAAGUUGGUCAAUCAUCCAAGGAUCCUCUAUGUUUUCUUUACAGUUGACACUGGGUCAAUUUUCUAAGGAAAACACCUUGACAAAUAAAGCAUCUUCAUUAGAGGUCAAGAGGAAAAAUAACUAUUCUCUUUCAAAAGAAAAUCUGAACAAUUUUUUUUAGCAUGGCCCAAUGUUCUAUUUCCUAUAUUUAGAAACUUUGAAUAAGGGUCUAGUAAUCUUGUCUCAGAGGCAUAGAAACAAAAGUACAGUUAUUAGGUUUAACUACACUCAAACUAUUUGCUAUUUUUAAACAUUUUUGCUGGAAGUUUAUAUAUAUAUACAUAUAUAUAAUACAUAUAUAUAUAAUUUUCUUUGUUAAAAAUAACAAUUGAAAAAGACUGGCAUGAGACAUGAAUGGUUGAGUCAUUUAAUUGCCAUACAAAUAAAAUGCUGACAGGUUUCAAGCAAAAAAUAUAGUAUGCACCUUAAAUAAUGCCUCAGAAUUGUAUAAUUUAAGCUGACUAAAAACCUUACUUACUUUUAAAAUUCUCCUUAGGGGAGCCUUUUCAGCAGUUAUGGACAUCAAAGAAAAAAAUAUCUUGUAAAAGCACAAUGAAAUUUAGAAAAUACACAUUUUAGUGGCAAUCACAAAUGUGGAUAUAAAAGAUACAUAAAACAUGUUAAUGCAAGAACUUUUUCAUAUUCAUUGAAAACUGUAACUUUGUGCUAUUUAUAAAGUAGAUAUUUUCCAGGUAUGAAAAGAUAAUUUGGAAACCAACCUGUCAUUUAGAUCUAUUUCUUUCAUACAGCUACACUAUGAGUUGUGAACAUUCCAUUUCUUACUAGGCCAGUAUUCUCUGGGAAUUUUUAUAAUGCUAUCAUAGAAAAACUGUUCUGUAUAAUAAUUAUAUAUAAAUGAAACAAACAUUUGCAAAUUAUAAUAUAUGAUGUGGUAUGGAAAGUACCUACAUUUUUAGAUGCUCAAAUAUUGGCAUAUUUCAUGUCAAUAUUUGCCAAUUUGUCAACAAGUUUAUGGCAAAGAACAUGAUACCAGGAUUAACAUUGAAAACACUACAUCCAGUGCCAUCUAACAAUUGAAGGAAACAGUGUGUAAUUCUCUUCUUUUUCCUUGACAAUACAUCCAUCAACACAGUAAUGGCAUCAUAUUACUGAGUAAUAGAGCUCACGCUUAAACUUUAUAAUAUUUAUUAUGGGAUCUACUGAUAAAAUGAUUUACCGUUUUGUACAAAUUCAACUGAUUUUGGGGGUUUUCUUGUGAGAUUUAAUAUUAAUUUUAGGAUAAUUUUAUCCUGUUUCUUUUGAUUCAUGAUCCCAAACUUUCUAGAUCUUGCUUCUGUCAUUCCACGUCUUAUUAUGCCUCCUCAGCUUUGUGUUUCAACAAAUUUUAUAUGCAUGCCUUUUGUCUUCAUGGGAGACAAAACAGAAGGUUCAUACAGACUUGAUUUUAACACCCAGUUCUGCAUUACCAGCCUCCCAAUAUGAGGAAAUUUACUUAACCUUCUUGAAACUCAGUUUCUACAUCUGUGAAUAGGAAUAAUUUUACCUCAUAUGUUUUUAAAGGUAGCAAUUUUACCUUGUAGCUCCUUGUAGAGCUGGAAUUGAGAUAACAUAAACUAGGCACACAAUAAAUAUUUGUUUCCUUUUUAUCCAUGUCACGUAUAUGUAACAGGAUAUGACCCUGGAAAACAUUACCAGAGGCCUUCAUCGUAAUCAAUAACAAUUAUAAAAUUUACUGCCCUUUAAAAAUGUUAUUCAGCCUACCUUUUCAUAUUUUGUCCAGAGAAUAUCAUGUGGAAUUAUAUAGACACUUUCCUAAAAUCAAUAUAUAUUCCUGUCAUUCUAAUUUAUUACUCUAGAAACCUUAUCAAAAAUAUCAAAAUUGCCCCUGGUGCUCUCAUCACAAAUAAUAAUAUUCAUUUCUGUUUUAAGAAACCUUGAUCCAUUUACAUUGAAAAACAAAGAAACAUAAAGUCAUUUCCUAGUUUCUAAGAUGUUGUUUAGAAUCUACCUUAAGCUCAGAAAUGCAGUCUUCAGAAUCUUUUUACUUUUUUUUUGUUAAUGUCAGGGUCCGGUUCUCUGGCAUCUUUUCUAUCAUUGGCAAAAGUUAUCAAUGCACUGACCUAUAAAUUACCUUGGCAGUGAUGUUUGAAAUAGGUAUCUUAUCUGCUAGUCUACUUUGAGUUUCAUUGUUGAGUUUUCCAUUACUUUGAAUUUCUUUGUUCAGAUUGGGGUUAUUCUUUUUAGGAAGAAAAAGGCCAUAACAAAAUUCAAUGUGAUUAGUUAUUGCCAUUUAUUUUUUGUUUGCUUUUAAACUUUUUUUUUAUUUAUCCCAAACAGAGGAUAUAUCUUUUAUUACUUUUUGGCAUGCUUUGAAAUGAUUUCAUUAUUGCAUAUGUGCAUGUGUGUAUCUACAUAUGGUUAAUCUCUCAAUCUGUGUGUAUGUAUAUAUACAUAUGUGUAUGUACAUAUGUGUAUAUAUGUAUACAUACUUGAAUAUUAUGUGAAUGUGUGUAUAUUUGUGUAUAUAUAUACGUAUAUACAUGUAUGUAUUUGUAUAUGUGUUGUGUAAGUGUGUCUGUGUGUAUGAGAGAAAGACAGAAGGAUAUGCACCAUUUGCAUUAUUUUUUAGCCUUUACACCUCCACUUAUUCUUGGAUUUUCCUGACACACUGUCCUCCUGGUUGUGUUCCUCUUCUGAACUUGCUUUUGCUUUCAUGUUCUCACUCACAUCUUUUAUACAUGACAUCCUUUGAAAAUCACAGCACAUUAGAGAUCUUUGUGCAUCCUUUUAGAUACUUUAAAUUUAUUAAAAGUGUACUAGAGAAGGCCAUCUCUCUCAAAACAGAAUUUUUCUUUUAGAGUUUCAGGUUUAUAGUUUUUAUUUGAAUUCUUUAACAUUAAAAGAUCAAACUAUGAGUUGCAUAGCAUUCUCUUUCUAAGCUAUAAAAAUAUUAAGAUAACAAGGUUGCACUUUCCCAAAGUUCUAGUCCCUUCCACCUCAUUAAUCUGUUCAUCACAUUUACCCCAAGUCCAGGGUAGAAUUUGCUUCAAUAAUCCCAAUAUUUUCUGAGAUGUUUAAUAUCCUAUUUUUAACAUUGAAAUUGAAAUGUAUGUUUGAGACCAUUUGCCAGAUAACUGGAUCUGAAUAUCUUUUCUGAAAAACAUGGAUUUGAGACCAAAGCAGUUUUUGAUUUGACUGUUGUUUCAGCUUUCAUUUCACUCUGUCUAGAUGCUCUCUUGGAAGAUUUACCAAAAAGUUAAAUUGAUUAUGUGAGAAAGUGAUAGGUAAAUUGUAUAUGACCAUAGAAGUACAAUUAAAUUAAGAAUAUGGCAUGAUCAAAUUUUCACCUUAUAUUGGAUUAAAAAGUACCCUAAGUAGCCAUCUCCUUAAAGUAGGUGAGCCAAAGACAUAAUAAUAAAAUAUUCAAUAUUUUUCUAUAAAAUACAAAUUUCCAUGAGGCACACAUACAUUAAAUUUAAUAUAAAGAGAAUCAUUACUUUAUUUAAGAGUUGUUUAAAGGUGCACAACAACAGUGAGUUACCAAUAUUCAGAACCUUAGUCUAUAAUUUCAAUGUACUGUAGGUUACUACAACUUUAACCACAAUAGCUGGCAUAACCUAAAUCAUUCUGCCCAAAUACAGGUAAUUAUAGUUUUGAUGUAUAAAAAUUACCAAAAUAAAUGCAUAUAUAAAGCAAUAGAGGCUGAGAGUGUUCAUAAUUGAAAGCUAACUAUUGCAAAAAUAUUUUAAAUAUUUAAUUUAUAGUGCACUCAAAGUUCUGGAAGAGACGUAGGGAUUUGUCUCUUCCAACCUUUCCCUCACUUUACCGUUUAUUAUGAAGGUACCGAAAGUAUGGCACAGAGAUAUGUGGCAGUUCCACAUAAUCAACAAAGCUCUAACUCUAUUAGAAACUAGACAUUUAAAAAGUACUUUUUUUGUAACUUCAUCUGAGUCAGGUUUCUCAUUGAAUAAUAAUCUGUCAGUUUUGUCUAUAGUAUGUUCCAAUUGGAAAAUGUUUAAGGUAGUACAUGCCUCUUUUCUCCAUAAAAUACCCCACAUUUGUUUAACUAUUUGACAUAGUCCUAUUUUUUCCAUCUUUAAUAAUUGAUAAAAUUUUCCCUACUUUUAAACAUAUGUAUGUAUUUUCUGCCACACUUAAACUUUGUUAUUCCACGUUGUUACUUACUUCAUCAAUGAGUGAAAGUAUAGUUCCAAAAAGUUAGAAUAAUUAUCUCAGAUCCUUUAUCAUAAUUGUCCAAUUAUCUCAGAUCCUUUAUCAUAAUUGUCUAUCCUUUAAUGUAAUCUGGUUUUCAAUACAAGUAACACUUGCAUUCUUACAACUGUGCAUUUUUGGUCACUAAAGGACCAUGUGACGAUAUCAGUAGUUGUCAGGAGCUAUUCACUACCCUUAGAAAAUAAACUCGGUAAUGUAAACUAUAUCCCACACUUUAACAAUUAAUACUGUUGAAUGACAUUGAAGGAUUGUAUCUUUUUUUAAUAAAGAAGCAAUAUAUUAAAAAUAAUUAAACCUCCUAAAGUCUUUUUUUUGUUUUAGAAAUCAGUCUCAAUUUUCAAAAGGGCAUUUGAUAUCUGCUAAUAAAAUGAACAAAUAGUUUUUCUUUAAAUGAAAAUAUCUAUAAGCUUAGCUGUGUGUAGAAGUACAUAAUAAAUGUUUUCCAUAUUGAAUAAAAAUUAAAAUCCUAUUAAUGCAGUUGUAACUUCUCUUCUUAACAUUUCUUAAGCUCUAAAACAAACAUAAUUAGACACAUUUUCUGUUGCAUGUGGCAUCUUUACCUACCAUAAUUUGGUAAUCAGUCAUGAUCAAAAUCACUUACAAGAACCAACUAUUUUUGGAAAAACAUUUAGAAAAUUUGUGACAAAUUGUCAAGAUUUUCAAGACAUAUAUAUGAAUUGUCUGUAAUGUAAUGGUUGGGGAUAUUUUCGUUAAAUCCAUAAACCAAUGUAUGUAUUCUGCCCUCUAACUUUCUGCUGAGUUACUGUAGUCAAUGGUAAAUAUAGUCAAAGUAGAAAAGACACAUUCACCCUGAAUAUUCCCAACAACCUAUCUCUCAUUCAAUUCUGACUAUAAUUGAAAGUACUCCUUUCAAUUAUUGUGGUAAGGAGGCCUUUCUGAGCAUCCAGAUGUGUAAAAAUAACAACAGGGGAAAUGUUACAAACAUGAGGUAAAAGGAUGCAGAGGAAAAGUUGUACUUCAUGAUUUUGCCUCAAGCAAGUUCUUCUUUCCUGUCAGCAUUGCAAAUUACCAUAGCUCGACUUGCUUGCAUUCAAGCAAAUCAAAACUUGACUCCCUGAGAGGGUCAAAAGACAAUUUUGGUACGUAUCUAGUGUUUUUACUUACUUGAACAAACAGGUCAAGUUUAUUCUUAAUGAAGUUAAAAUUUCAAAUUAAACCUGAAGCUCUAGUGUUUUCCAUUUUACUAAGUGGAUAAACACUUUUCUGCCAUGGGAUGAACUACAAUGAGAUGUUUGAAUUGAUUUGGGCAAUUGAUUUGGGCAAUGAUGAGUCAUGUGUUUGCUAUAAAAGUGAUACAAAAUAUAAGUGUCCUUCAAGUUAAAGCAAUCUAAACCGAUCAUCUUUGAAAAGUUAACAACAUAUUUUGUAAUAUUUGUUUCCUAGCAAAUUUUUCAGUUGUCCAAACCAAGGUAAUGUAGAUAAAGCUACAUAUUUUCACUCAGUGUACCACCAAAUAAGUGGGUGCCCAAUAGUGUUGAUCUGAUGCACUAUUAGUUACCAUAAAAAUUAUUUUCUUUUAUAAGAAGAAAGUGAAAUUUGUUUAAUUAUUUUGAUAUCUAUUUUAUCCUUAUGAAUAUAUAUAUCAAUGUUAAUUUUUUAUGAAUAAUUAAAUUUAUUAUAAAUGCACUAAUUUUUCAACAUUCUUCUGAUUUUCAUCAGUAAAUUGAAUAACCAUUGUUGCAAUGAAAUUUACAUAUUGCUCUCAUAAUAUGAAAUUUUACAAGGUAUAAUUUCACUUAACACAAACAAUAGUCCUCAUACCACUUUUUCAUUUUAACUUUAAUCUCAUUAUUUAUGUGAUUAAGUUUGCAAUUUUAGCCACUCAUGUGUUAGGAGCAAUAGAGAUUGACAUUAUGUAGGUAGGAAAAUACAUUUUUAGUAACUUAAGAAACAAGUUGUACAUACUAUAUCAACAUUUCACAUUAGUGAAUUUAUUAUCUUGCUGUAUAAACUUUAAUAAAAACAUUAAUUAUUUUUAUUUAAAUUAUUUAAGGUUCCUCUAUUUGACUUCAAAGCAAAAUAAUAUCUGAAUUGUACAAGCACUGUGAAUUUGUAAUAGUCUAAUCACAGUCUAAUCACUAAAUUCAAUUAGUACUUUACUAAAUUUCUUACAGUAUGCUCAGGACAAAUAAUUUAUUGAAAUGAGUAUACUCAGCAUGGCAGUUAUUUUCAUGCAAACUUAAAAAUUACAAGACAUGUUUAGAAGAAUUAUAGCUGGAUAACACUAGACAUUCACAAGUUGUAAGUUAGCAUAAGGGGAUUUAUAAGUAAUGUGCCUACGUUCAUAAUCAAUUUAACAGUUUUCACUAACUUGACCCAAUAAUUUAGGGUGUAUUUCCAGACCACAAGAUAAAACUAAAUUUUGUCCAUUUUUACCAGAUGAUUCAAAAUUUACCAUUUGAUUCAUUUCUUAAUAAAACUGCCUGUCAAUCUACUAGAAUAAAUAAGAAUAUAAAUAAUUCAAUAUUAUUUAUAUAAACAAAAUCAAUGGAAAAUGACAAUUUUAUCUAAUUUAAUCAAUGUGUGUGACUUAGCAAAGAUAUUCCGUUCCAUUUGACAAUUAAUCUUUAUGAAUUAAUAUUUCCUUAGGAAUUAUGUAGCUAAAUUAUAUUAAGAAUCCAUAUUUAUUGAAGGGUAAAGGCCACAGAGUGAGACUAAAUUAUCUAGGUCCAGAGAAAAGGCAUCUAGGGCAAUAAGGAAAGGAAACAAAUAUAACAAAUAACUUCUAAUUUACAGAUCACUUAAUGUAAGCUCAGCCAAGAACAAUGCUUACUACAUAAAUAUGUUCCAAGCAACUAUGAGACACUGUGUGAAGGUUUCAUGUUCAUUUCACUCUCUAUUUAAUAGAUUAAACAACCAUAUAAGGUAAGAGGUAUUAAAAAAGCUAAAGAGCGUAUGAAAAAUAGGGUUUUACUAACUUGUCCAAGGUCACAUAACUAAUAAAUGAAAGAGAGAGCAUUGGAUUUCAGGUUUGUGUAAUUCAAAAUCUAUGCCCCUUAUCACUAUUAUACAUUGCCUCCUAACUACAAUAAUAAUUUAUUGAAAACCCAUUUGUCUAAGAUGGGAUUUUCUGGAUGAUAUGACUAUAUUAAAAUAACAUUAAAUAGUUGAAAAAUGAAUUUAAAUAAUUAGUUUCUUCAUGUAAAACAUUUUUUUCUCAUUUUUUAAACUUGAACAUCUAAAACACUUGCUUCUGUAAUUUCACUGAAACACAACCUAAUUUCUCUUAUUCCAAAAAGAAAAUAAAAACUCAUGGGCUCUGGGUAUACUAAAAGCCUCCAAAAAUUAUAACUUUGUAUUAAUCAUAUAAUAGUCUUUCAUAACACCAGCCCCAAACAUACCAAACUGGUAGUUAGACAGUAUGUAUGCAACAUUUUUUGUGUGAUUAACUAUGUUUCUAAAUUUCAGCUAUUAUUUCGGAUGUUGGAAAACAUCAGUAAACCCCAAAGUUGUGUUUAUUGGCCUAUAGCUUACAUGUACUGAGUGUUUAAUAUGUAUUUGGUACUCUCCUAAUCGGUACUUCCAUUACCUAUUAUAGUAAUGAUUAUAACAAGUCAUCAUGCAAAAGAAUCAUCUUUACAAUAUAUUGAAAAUGUGUGUUUCAGACUACUGAAUUCUUCCCUGUAAAUCUAGGAUAGAUCUAGGAAUUGGCACUUUCAAUGUAUUUUAGUUAACACUGAUGCAGAUUGUCCAUUCACUCCUUUUAGAAACACUACAUUACAUCCUUACAAGUCUAUGAAGUAUUAAAACAGAAAUGACUAUUAUUAUUGCUACUUCAGUGAUGAAGAAUCUCAAAGUUUGAGUUAAGUGAUGCAUCAAAACUCUGACCUUGUUAGUGAAAUAUUAAGCCCAGUUCAUCUCAACAUUAUUAACCUCUGCUCACACUUGUCUAAAUUACUAGUUUUUAAGUCUGGCUGUUCAUUAACAUCUCUGGGGAAGAAUUUCACCCAUUCCUGAGCUCCAUGCUCAGAGUUAUCAUAACUGUUCUGGAGUUUCCAGGCAUCAGCAUACUUUUAAAAUUCUUCCUAAGUGAUCCUAAUGUGCAGACAGAUUUGACAACCACGGAGCAACUAAGACUGUACCACAGUAAAAUUCCAAAACUUCCCAUUUAUCCAGUUUGAAAGAUUAUAGAUUAGAAAACAUGAUGACAGGCGUAGAUUAUUCUGUGUUGCUUCCUGCCCUUUAGGUAUUUCAAUACUAUUAUUGUUGUACUGAAAAAUAAAAGUUCCAGUCAAUUUUUAUGGUUUUGCUGGGUUUAUAGAGAACACUCUGCAUGCCUUCCUAUUGAAUCUGGGACUCUCGUUUUUGGAGAACUACGUAAGUGAUCUGUUUUCCUGAGACUUGACAUAUGCACCUUAUUAAUUAGAGACUAUAAAUCCACUUUUUAACACAUAAAAUCUAAUGAUGACAUCUUUGUAGAUAUUGAAAUUCAAGAAUAUAAACAGCAUUGCCUUCAACCCACUGCUGUUUGUAAACUGAGCUGCCUUCCUCUUUCCAUAAAAUUAACUAAACAUAUUCAAGAAAGAAGGAGAAAAACUAUCAGUUUUCCACAGUGGACUUUUUUUCAUAAAUCCUUCAAAUGUCAGCAUGUAUGCCUUGUCUCAUUUAGUCAUAGCCCAUAUGAUCCAAAUCUCCAAUUUAUUUGUUUUUCUUUUUCCAAGAACUGCGUACUUUAAAAAUUUGUCAAAUUUUUAAAUUUCAGAUAGCUGAAACAGAACAAGUCAUAUUGACUUGCUCUAAGUGUUUAAAAGGUUUGAGGUUAUUGAUAUAGGCCUCAAUAUAUUUCCACAAAUGAAAUAAUGUAUUUACAUAGAGAUCUAAAAAGUGUACGAAACUUGAGAUAGCUAUUUGAGUCAAGAAAAACAAGGACUGUGAAUAGUGUAAAUUAUGUAAAUAUACACAGAUAAUUCACACACACAUAUUCACACAUAGUUCCAAGGAUUCCCCUAUAUCAAUUCCAACUCAAAAUUUCUCAGUCAUUUCUGGCUAAAGAGAAACAUGUCCAUUUAAUUAAAAUCACUUUUUUAAAAUCUGAUCAUCUAUUGUUUAUGAGAUCAAUGAAUACAUUAUUUUAAUGCUCUGUCUUAUUUAAAAUAUUUUUCUACGUAGUGUUGCUAGCUAAAAUGAGGCUUUUUUAAAUAAAUGGAUACACCUCAAAAUAAUAAUUUGAGAUCAGUUUCAUCUUGGACUCAUAUGAUUUUCAGAUUUUAUCUGCAUAAAAUUAGAUUUUCUAGAAAACUAAUUUGUAUUACUUAUUUUCUCUAUAAACCUUGCUGAAAAUGAAAACUAAUAAGCUUGAAUUUAUGGGUUUUAUGUAUUUUAAAACGUAAUGUAUAGAGAUUUCUUAUAAUUAUUUGACAGCUUCAAGAUAACCAGUUUUUUCUUUAAACAUUCCACUGAUUAAUACAAAAAGUAACAUUUUUUUCAUGAGAUGAAAUGAAACUUGUUCUUAGGCAAACAUCACUUAAUUAAAGCAAUUUAUAGUGAAUACACUCAAUUAACUGAUUAUGAACCUGCAACACCAAAAGAUUUACCAGAUUUGUUCACAAUUUUACUGCUAGCUGAUAUCAAAUAAGAAAAAGACAAAUCAAUAUUAUAUCUUCAGGAACUAAUAACUUUUUUCAUCCUGCAAGUUUGUGAAUUCAAAAAAACUGUAUUUUCAAAUAACUAAGAAUUUUUUUUUUAUUAUACUUUAAGUUUUAGGGUACAUGUGCACAACUUGCAGGUUUGUUACAUAUGUAUACAUGUGCCAUGUUGGUGUGCUGCACCCAUUAACUCGUCAUUUAACAUUAGGUAUAUCUCCUAAUGCUAUCCCUCCCCCCCCCCGACCCCACAACAGGCCCAGAGUGUGAUGUUCCCCUUCCUGUGUCUAUGUGUUCUCAAUGUUCACUUCCCACCUAUGAGAACAUGCAGUGUUUGGUUUUUUUGUCCUUGCAAUAGCUUGCUGAGAAUGAUGGUUUCCAGCUUCAUCCAUGUCCCUACAAAGGACAUGAACUCAUCAUUUUUUAUGGCUGCAUAGUAUUCCAUGGUGUAUAUGUGCCACAUUUUCUUAAUCCAGUCUAUCAUUGUUGGACAUUUGGGUUGGUUCCAAGUCUUUGCUAUUGUGAAUAGUGCCGCAAUAAACAUACGUGUGCAUGUGUCUUUAUAGAAGCAUGAUUUAUAAUCCUUUGGGUAUAUACCCAGUAAUGGGAUGGCUGGGUCAAAUGGUAUUUCUAAAAGAACUAAGAAUUUUUAAAAAGAUUUUGGUUAUGUAAUUAGAGUGCACAAUAGAAUAAAACAGCCAGGUUUUAUAUUUUCACUGGCAAAUGAUAAAGAGACAACUUUGAUUAAAUACUCAUAAUUUUUAUAAAACCUCCAAAGUUUCAAAGUAGGCAGAUGAUGGGUAAUAAUUAAAUAGAGUGACAGUGUUAUAUGCCAGGUUAAAAAAAAAAAAAGACAUGCGGCUUCAUCCACAAGCUUAGCAAAAUAUGAGAAAGUAAGAAACUGUGGCCAAAUCAGAUAAAGGUAAAUGAGAAUAAGUUGUAGAAACUGACCUUCAAGUUAAUAAUUAAAUCAGAUGGUAUCAUUUUCCUCCAUCUUGUUAUUAUUGUUUAGAUUUAUAAUAGUACAAAAAUAAAUGUUUUAUGAAUUAUUUUGGAUGCAAUUACAGUGAAUAACCAUAAUAUAAAAUGUCUCAUAAUAGGAAAAUAAUGCCUGACACUUUUAAUUACUUAACAUACCUUUUUAUACAUUUUUUAAUGUCAUUUAUUUGGCAGCUAUUUAAGGAGUGCCCUCUGUAUCCUGGGCCAUCUCUUUCUAUCCAGAGUCCUACAAGUCACCUUGUAUCAUUAUUAGGAUAUAGUAUAAAAAUUUGUCCACUUUUAAAUGGAGAAAUAAUACAGAUAAGUGAAAAAAUGAUGUAAUAAUUUGAGUUCUGUACAUGACUCAGAGACUUGGACAGAAUUGACAAUUGUAAGUUUUUAAGUUAAACCAAAGCUGAAAUUUCUAAUCAUUUAGAAGCUAGGAAAAGUUCUGUUUCAAAUUCAAUUGAUCACUUCAUAAACAGUUUGUUCAUAAUUACUUCUUCUCUGCCUUUCAGCGUAGUCUUGUUCAAUUGUUCAGAGUGUCCUUUUUUUUUUUUUUUUUUUUGAGACAGAGUCUCGCUCUUUUGCCCAGGCUGGAGUGCAGUGGCACUAUCUCCGCUCACUGCAAGUUCCGCCUCCUGGGUUCACGCCAUUCUCCUGCCUCAGCCUCCCGAGUAGCUGGGACUACAGGCGCCCGCCACCACGCCCGGCUAAUUUUUUGUAUUUUUAGUAGAGACGGGGUUUCACCUUGUUAGCCAGGAUGCUCUUGAUCUCCUGACCUCGUGAUCCGCCCGCCUCGGCCUCACAAAGUGCUGGGAUUACAUGCGUGAGCCACCGCGCCGGGCCCAGAGUGUCCUUAUUCCCAAGUUCGUGAUUUUCAUAAUAGUAAGAGAUCAAAAAACAAAUCUUACAAGCAAUAAAUUUUAUAAAUAGUCUUCUCUUAAGAUGCAGCACACCAACAUGGUACAUGUAUACAUAUGUAACAAACCUGCACGUUAUGCACAUGUACCCUAAAACUUAAAGUAUAAUAAAAAUAAACAAAUAAAUAAAUAUUCAACACCUCACUCUAAUUGGAAAGAAAAUGUGCCUACAGAAGUUAAAGCACAUUCUAUGAGUUUUAAUCUUAGGUGCCAAGAAGGAUCCAUGACCUCCACAUUUGACAGAGAAUAGAAAGACUCCACGGUUUUCAUCAUAAUCCAAGGGAGGUCAGUAAUAGUCUAUUUGCAUUUCUCGAGGGCUCUCUGGGGCCUCACUAUCUUACAUAAAAGUGAGUUUAAUCAUAGGACUUUCAGACAUUAGCCCACAGAUGGGACAUAUAUUUUGGGAUGGAGAACUUUUAAUAAAUCACAUUACCUAGGUGGCCUCUCAUUCUACUUCUCCAUAUGGCAGACUCUGUAGGAAAAAAAAAAAAAAAUGCUUCCUAUAAUGUUUCUUCUUUACCACAGAACUGUCAGAAGAAACAGCCGAGAAAAACUUAAAACUAAGCUACAAUAUUUGGCAAAAAUAAUUGUAGUUUUCAGAGGAGAAGCAAUUUUUCUGGCGUAUAUGUAGGAUAAGAGUAUCUUACCUUCCUUAAAUAAUGUUAUCUUUACCAGUAAACAUGAUGUAUUUGCCUUAACCUAGUCAAUUUCUUUUACCUGAAUUCCCUUAGGUUUAAAAUCAUAAUUUUUCAAGAUAAGGUUCUAGUCUUAGGAAUGUUGCUUAAGAUCCUGAAAUAGAAUGAUACUAUUAUUUCAUCCUGGUAUUAAAAUCUCUAAAAUUUUCUACAAAACUAACAUUCUAUGUGUUCUGUGGCCAAUGUGAUAAUAAAUCCUUACGUAACCACAGAGAAAAAUAUCCUAUACAUUUGUAUUACACUUUUGCAAAAUAAAGAAAAUAUUUUGGAAUUAAACUAAUUUCAAAAUCCAAGAAUUUCUAUGAAAGAAUUUUUUAGCAGUAACCACAGAUGAAAAGAAUAUCAUUUUGUAUCUUUUCAUAGUGUCUUUAUAACAUAAUCUAAUCAUUGGUGUUUUAUAAUCUUUCAUAAUUUUUCAUAUAUUUGAUAAAUCCUGAUGUUGGGUUUAUUUCUAUUGAAACACCAGUAAUUGUUUUAUGUCACUUUGACUUUUUUCUAUAGUUUUGUUUUCUGCUUGUUUGAUUUAUCUAAAUUAUCAUCAUAGUUGUAAUCUGAGAACUAGGCAAACAUAGGUACUUUUGACUAUCACUUUGGGGUGAUACUAUUUACCCAAUAUGAUUUUUUCCCAUUUUACUCUUGAAGUAUCCUGUUGCUUACUCUUUUGUGUAUGCAUACAUUUGAAACAUAUGACCUCCCAAGCAUUCUUCUUUCUCUUAUUUUACUUAUUGUGUUGGCUUUACUGUUUAUGUAUGAUUUAACAUAAAUAAUUAUUUUGUUUUCUCUCUCCCAUCACCCACCCCAUUUACACGUUACAACAAGACUUCAUCAGCCCUGGGAUCAUGAUUUGAAUUAUAUUAUCUGUGCCAUUAAACAAACUUGAGCCUCAAUAAUAUCUGUUCAGAUUUUUUCAAUGGCUAUUGUUCAUUGAUAAUUACAUUCUGGGGACAUGCCAGAAUGAAAUCUCAUGGUUUCUCAGCCACAAAGAUUUGUUAAGAAUCAAAUUCAAAGGUAUUUGACUUGGUAUUUAUGAUUCGUGGCAAACCCAAGCAUAAUCUUCAGCAGAUCUUUAAGCUUCCUGAGCUUAUAAGCAAACUCUGUGUGUGUCUGUGUGUAUGUGUGUGUGUUCCUAUGUGGGUAAAUUUUUCUUGAUAGCAUCUCUGUGCUUUCAUCAUUAUCAAAAAGUUUCAGGACCCCAAAAUGGUUAAGAAACACUGACUAUGUGCUAGUUACAUUUCAAGAAUAUAUUUCUACAUAAAAAUGUUGUAUUUAUUCUAAAGGCAAAAGCCAUGGAACAAUGUGUACUUUUAAAAUAUUUAUGAGGAAUUAAAAAUUCAAUUAUUAUAAUGUUUCCAUUUUAAAAUUUUAGGAUGUGAUUUUGUAAUAGCCUCCAAAAAACAUUUAAAGCACCCAAAUAAUUAAACUAGUAAAAGUUCCUUAUAAACCAGAAAGCAAAACAAUUUUCCAAAUGGGCAAUAAAAAUAUUACUUUUGCAUGUAAAUAGUUGUUUAAGUGAAUUUAUUGUUUAUAUUAAUUAAAUUCUUUUGGACAAUUUGCCACUUAAAAAGAUCAGUGUUUGAACUCUAUGAAAUACUUGUUUAUGUAAUUUUUUUUGCAAGUAGGUAAGAAAAGUAUAUUUCAUUAUCAAAUAGCUACCCUGCAAUACUAACAUAAACAGCUAUUUACCCAUUUAGACUUAACUAUUCAGUCAAUUACACAACAGUCUUACCAUGUUAUUUAAUGAGUGGAACAAAAAUAAAGGUCUUUAUAACAUAAAAUAUUUCAUUUAUAUAAUGAAAUAAAAUAUCUUGGGAUUAAUAAAAAUAAUGAUUUUUUUCAUCCUAUGUAAAAUGUAGUUGAUAGCACUGAUAUAUUGAUAAUGUUAUGGGUGAAGUUUACAGUUCAUUACAAGUUGAAUGUACUUAAACAAUCUACAUCCUUCACUCCUUCAUUCAAUCAUUUAAUUCAGCCAUUCCUUAUUUGACAAAUGUGAUUUGUAUAAUACAUUUAGUAAUAACCAUACAUAUCAUGUUGAAUUGUUGUGAGGAUAAAAAAGUAAACAAUGUUCAAUUAUUGUUAAUAUUUUAUUUUCUAAUUAAUUAUAUAAUUUUACUUCAUUGGAUGUUGUAAAUUGCUCUGGUUUAGCCUUUAGACAUUUGAAUCAAAAUGGUCAAAUUAGUCUCUAAAUUCAGACAUUGACUUUGUUCUGCAGAUCUCAAAACGAAAGAUAUGUUGGGAUAUUUAGACCAGAAUGCAUGUGAAAAUGCUACAUGAAUGAAUGUAUUUGACACUGAUCUUGAGAUGACAAUCUACAGUCCUACAAUAAUUAUUCUAACUCCAUGUUCUCUUUCGUGCACACUAGCUAGAGCACAUCUCACCCACUGACAUUGGAAUCUAUCCUUUCGUAGGUUAUUUUUAACGUCUUAGGAUGACUUUUAUAAAUUGAAGAUUUAAGAGUUUCUAAGGGGACUGUAGGUAUAUUCUACUGUUGUGUUUACCACAUGUCCUGUUCAGAUACACAAAAGAAAUGAAUAAAACUGGACACAGCACACAGUCUCACUGCUUUGAUGGGCAAUGAUUUUUGACAAUGGGUAAUUAACUCUUACAUCAUUAAGUUCCAUCAUCACAGAAUAACCUUAGAAUCCUAAUAAAAUCCCAUGGCUUCAAAUUGUAUUUAAUAGCUGCCAAUCCAAGCCUCCUGACUAUGCUAAUCUAUUAUUUAGAAUAAAUGAAAAGUGUGUAUCAAUUUGCCUAUUAUAAUACAAAGUGGGAACUCUCAUGCCAACAAGGUUAGGCCAAAAAAAUUCAAAUAAAUUGGAGAUGUGUUUUGAUACAUUUUCUUCCGUUGCUCUUAUUGUAUCUAACAUAGAAAUUUCCUUAGGGUGAAGUUUAUAUAGUGACAAGCAUAUACAAUAUUCUUGAGGUAUUAGGCCACAGUCAGAAAAAGAGAAUAUAGGAGGAAUUAUGUGGUAGAGGAUGAUAAAAGAUUAGAAGUUGAAACUAUACCGUAUAUAAUUUUAUAUAUAUACAUAAUUAUCUUGAUUAUAACCUAAAUUGUAAAAUCUCAAUAUUAUUAGUACCAGCCCAGACACAUUCCCUUUGUUUCUUAAAUUUUUACUCUCCAAAAAUGGGAAUCACAGAAACAGAAGAUGCUUAAAUGUUCAUGUUAGGCAUUUUUUUCUGAGCUCAUAAAAGAUUAUUUGAUCAUUUAAUGUGUUUUUCUCUCCAAUAAGACUGUAAAAAGUUCAGUGUUUCGAGGCUGCUAAACAAUGCCCAUAGAGUUGACAGUCUCAAGAAUGAUUGGAAAAUGAUGGAGUUGGAUGCUAUAGGUCAUACUUUAUAAAUCUGACUGAAGGAGAAUUAGAAUACUAAUGAGAGUCAACAACAAUUUUCUUACCUGCUCCCAGUUUGUAAUUCUUGCCCUGGUGGCACAUAUAUUACAAGGAGAAUAUUGUUUUCAAAUUUAUAGUCAGAAAGUCAUUUAGGUGACUAUGACUUUGUUUUUUAAAUAGUAAGUUGACUGUCUUGUUUAAAAAUGCAUAGUGCCCUGGAAAGUUAUGUGAAUACAAUGAUUUAUUUUAAGUAAAGGGUAGUUUUAUAAAAUAAAGGGCCAAACAUCAUAUAAAUAAAUACUUACAGGCUCAGUAUCAAUCAAAUCAGUGGUAAGAGUGAAUUUUUUCAAUGUAUGACUUUCAUAUCAAAUUUUUUUUGGUGAUUCAGCUUAAUAGGAGUUUAUGGUAUGGGCCCAUUCACGUUAUAGCCAAAUAAACAAAAAUUAUCUAGAGUUGUUCAUGCCAUCAUUUCCUUCAGCACAGUCUUCAAAGUAGUUUUCUCAUUACCCACUUUGAAAGAUAUUUCCAAGGAGAGGAUAAUGCAACCCAUUCUAUAUGUGAAUAAUGGGUGGGACACAGGCCAAUAAUCAUGAUCCAAAUUAGUUUGAAAAUCAAAGGAGUAAGGGGAGAAAAAAAGAAUGAAGGAUUAAUUGAUUUGCUGAGAGCAUGUCACAUGCUAAUUGUUGUUUUACAUUUUUCAUCUGUCUCUCAUGUGAUUCAGACCACAAAUCUGUAUUAAGUAUUGUUAUCCUUAUUCUACCAAUGACGACACAGUAGUGAAGUCAUAAUUCAGACUUGAAAUUCUGUCUUCUCUCAAUUUUCAUCCCAAAAUUAGAUAUCCUCGAUGCCAGUUCGGAUUCUCUUAUUCAAUGAGAAAAUCACUUCCUUUUCGGCCCUUGUCAUCUUUGUCUGUAUAACAAGGGGAUAAGACAAAGACGUUUGAUGAAAAUUUCUUCAAGUUGUAUCAUGUUUUUAUUCUUAGUGGGUAGUCCUUUGUAAGUCUGCAUACGGCUGGCUGGUGACACAAUGUGGGCACCAUAGACCGAAAAAUAAAAUUACUGAAAAGGUGAAGUAUACUUUCCAAAAAUUAGACUCUAAUCAAUGUAGUCAGUGCAACAAUUUUCUUUAAUACCGAAUUGCAUUUUAUAUAGCUAUUUGCACAGAUCUUCACAAUAAAACCGUAAGAAAAGGAGAAUAGGAUAUUAUCUUUACAGUUCUACAGAGGAGUAAAAAACUGACCUGGAUCUAAAUAAGUUUAGAGGUGGAUUUUAAUCCUUUAAUAAGCAAAAGACAUAUAAUAAAAUUGAUAAAUGACAAUAUCAAUACUUUAUCUAAAAGUAAUUUCAUAAAGAAACAAAGCCAAAAUUGAUUCAGUUAACAUAAAAAAGAGUUAACCCAGAAGAAAACAAUGAAUAUUGAUCUCGAUUUCAGCAAGCAGAAAAUUUUUUUUAAAAAAAGGAGAAAACAGUGAGAAAUUGUUAAGGUGAGUGAAAGAUGAGCGGAGGUUGCUCUAAGAAACUAUAACACAACUUAUUUAUUCAAGUGGCUGUGUCAGAUUUAAAGAUGUGAUUUCAAUAACUUUUUUGAAUAGAGUGUUGUACCUUUGUCUAAAGUAGUAAAAUUCAUUUGAAUUAAAGCUGAAUAUGGGUUUUCCUCCUCAAAUCCAAUUCAAUUCCAAGGUUUGAAAUUGCAGGGGCUCCUGAGAAGAAAUGGCAAAAACAAAAAAGAGAGAGAGAGAGAAAGGGGAAGAGAAAAGGAAAAAAGAAAAAUCUAUAACUUGAAGCUUUGCUUUACAGGGGUAAAGCAAAGACUUACCAAACUUUAGAUUUUAUACCCCCUCUUUUUUCAGCAUAUCCAAAUAAAUUUACAUGAUCUUAUGAGUGUAAAUCUUCUAGUCUUCAUGAGAUUUUUCCAGCUUUUCUGCCUUUUAGAUUGACAUUUCUAGUUGCUUAAGGUUUCUUCUUCAAAGCAAUGGGUAUAAAACAUGUGAUAAUUAUUAAACAGUUAUGGAAAAUACCAUCUUUAUUCCACCACUUUAUCAGGUAGAACUUGAAGGUAAAAUAAAGUUUGGAUGCUGAGUCUACAUGUAUUGUAUUGAAUUGUAUUGUAUUGUAUUGUAUUGUAUUGUACUGUAUUGUAUAGUGGUUACCAGAGAUUUAAUAACAUAACAGAAGUAACUGAAUCGCCUCCUCUGCUCUAUGCACUUGUACUUUUUUUAUUUCAAAAAUGCCAGGAAGAUAAGUGUAUGCAAAAAUAUAAAGUUUGUAAAAUUUUAUACAACUUAAUCUAUUUGAUCAUUAGUUAAGUAAGCUUAACUAAAUUAAAAAUGUAUUUUAUUGCCACUUUUUUUAACUCUCUAAAGAAUACAUUUAUGUUUUUGAAGGAGCUUUAAUUUAGUAACAGUUAAUCUUUUUAUUAAUUUUAGUAAAAAUAAUCAUACCCUUUUAAUAAUAAAAAUUAACCUUUAAGUCUUUAAAAUUGCUAGUUGUAAGUGAAUUUGUCAAAGAUUAAUUCAUAGUUGCCAACACUUACUGAACAGGUAGAUAAAAUUAACUUUGUUUAUUUAACAGUCAAAUAACUUGGUGCUUUCUAGUUAGUUUAAAAAUAUCAAUAAUUGUUUCCUCACAUGUAUUUAUGUCCUUCCUUCACAGCAUAUAGUCAACCAUAGAGACUCAAUGUAAAGUAUUAUGAUAAUUCAUAUGUCUGAGAAAAUAAGAAGAUUGAUUCAUUGAAAAGUUAAAUGAAUUUGAGAUACAGGUAUUUCUGACUGCCUAGAGUUACACUGUAUGAAAUACUUUAAAAACUGGCCAGGCGUGGUGGCUCAUGCCUGUAAUCCCAGUACUUUGAGAGGCCAAGAACUCCUGAAAUCAGGAGCUCAAGACCAGACUGACCAACAAGGUGAAACUCCCCCUCUACUAAAAAUACAAAACAUUAUCUGAGUGUGGUAGAGCACGCCUGUGGUCCUAGCUACUCAGGAGGCCGAGGCAGGAUAAUCACUUGAAUCUGGGAGUCGGAGGUUUUGGUAAGCAGAGAUUAUGCCACUGCACUCCAGCCUGGACAACAGAGCAAGACUCUGUCUCAAAACAAAAACAAGCAAACAAACACACACACACACACACAAAAACACUUAAAAAAACUGUAAAUAAUUCAGUCUUGUAUUUGGAAGAAUGGUGACUUGUAAAUUUUGCUGUACAUUAAUGACAAGUCUCUCACUCAAAUAAAGAUAACCUAAGUAAAAUAAUUUAUGUCAGGUGAAAACAUUCCAAAUUUUCUUGGAGAAAAAGCAACAAAAGCCAAUAAAUAAAGGUGGUUCCCAUUACCUAUUUAAUUAUUUAAUAUCUUAAACUAUUAUUAAAUGCAUGCACCACCUGCACUACCCUGACCGAUUAACCCCUUAGCUGAAGGAGUUCAGUUUGUAUUUUUACCAUAUGAUCUGUCUAGAUUCACUCUUUUCAGGAUUGAUAGAAUUUUUUUCUUUUUUUCUUUUUUUUUUUUUUUUUUUGCUUUCUUAUUCAACUCUACAGUAAAAGAAAAUCUGUGGUUUUAUUUGACAUAACAGAGCUAUCUUCAGCCAUAGCUAGAAGGAGGAUAGUAGGAUAAAGGUCAAUUUUUGUCUUCCUUCACAGCUAACAGAUAUAUGUAGCAUACUUAAAAAUAACUCUCAAAGUCUGUUGCUCAACCUCCCAAACCAUUAAUUUCCUUCUAGCCAGUGCUAGAGUUCAUGCAUGUCAUAAAAGGAAGGCUAGAGGGACAAUUUCUGUAUGCAUAUCUCUGGCCCAUGCCCUUCAAUGAGACCCAAAUAUAAUUAACUUCUGGGAUUUUUGCAAUAAAUAAUAUGAGAUGACCUCAUUAUAGAAUGAGGGGCAAGAUCCUUGGCCUUGGUCUUUCACAAAUAAUAUGACUUUAUUUACAGAUGAAAAAAAAUAAAAUAAAAAUUAAACAUAAACUUUCCUCAACUUCCUGCUUCUAGCCCAGGUAGCAUGUUAUUACUAUUUCUUUUAUGAACAACUGAGUUCUGACUAACAGUCUUUAAGAGGAGCUGCUAUGAGGAAAUAUAGAUAAUAACAAAAUAAUAACAUAUUUCUAAAGCUUUGCCAGCAGCAAAUGGCUCGCAUCUACAUACUCUCAUUUUAUGUGUCCAACCAAUGGUUCCACAUAGCCAUGAAAUCAGCUGUUACAAUAGGAAGACCACCACUGAACAGUUUUGUAACUCAUUUCAGAAUUGACUUUGGUAUGUGCUUAUUGGUGUAUUUCUGUGCUUGUUUGUGUCAAUUCAACAAAGCUUCCCAAGCAAGGUUACUUCAAACAUUACUUGGGCCACGGUAAAAGAAAAAUAAAAUUCUGUUGAUUCAGA